UCCUACCAGCUGUUUCCCGCCUUGAAAGCUAUCCGAUCAGCUGCAUACACACACACACACGCACGCACACACGGUCAUGCAGAGAGAGAGAAAGCAGAGGGGAGGGAGAAAGAGAGAGAGAGAGAGAGAGUGAGAGGACGAGCGCCACACACAACGAGGGAACCCCAUCAGCUGGAAGUCGAGUAACAUUACAACUCUCAGCAGCCUGAAACUACUACACUACACAGACGAGGGAUUCAUAUCUUUUCUGAGGAUUUAACCCGCCUCGGAUCACGGGAUUUCUGCUCUCUAACGUCAUUUUUUUUUUUUUUCUAUUCUGCGGAGACUGUUUGCUGUUUUUUUUAGGAGUGUGGGGGGGGCAAACUGGCGAGAGGCGAGCAUGGAGUAUUUCAUGGUACCAGCUCAGAAGGUGCCCUCCUUGCAACAUUUCAGGAAAACGGAAAAAGAAGUGAUUGGAGGUCUUUGCAGUCUGGCCAACAUUCCUCUGACCCCAGAAACAGCCCGGGACCAGGAAAGGCGAAUUCGCAGAGAGAUUGCUAACAGCAAUGAGCGUCGGCGUAUGCAGAGCAUCAAUUCUGGAUUCCAGUCACUUAAAACACUCAUCCCACACAGCGAUGGAGAGAAGCUCAGUAAGGCUGCCAUCCUGCAACAGACAGCGGAGUACAUUUUUACUUUGGAGCAGGAGAAGACGCGGCUAUUGCAGCAGAACAGUCAGCUCAAACGAAUCAUACAAGAGUUAAGUGGUUCCUCCCCUAAGAGACGGCGUGCGGAGGAGAAAGAUGAAGGGAUUGGCUCACCAGACAUUCUGGAGGAGGAGAAGACUGAGGACUUGAGGAGGGAGAUGAUUGAGUUAAGGCAGCAGCUGGAGAAAGAGCGCUCGGUCAGGAUGUUGCUGGAAGAUCAGAUGCGUUCCCUGGAUGCCCAGUUGUACCCAGAGAAACUGAAGGUGUUCACCCAGCAGGUCCAGGAGCACCAGACUCCAACACAGAGCCUUGUCCGUCUGCAGCAGCACAAACAGCUGGAGAGGGACCUCACUCCAGCCCACAGCCCACAGGUGUUGGCCCCGGCUACCCCGCCUGCACCUACACACCAUGCCACAGUCAUCGUCCCUGCGCCUUUCCAGCCUCCCCAGCCACAUCAUGUCACCGUGGUGACCAUGGGCCCGACAUCAGUUAUCAAUGCAGUGUCCACAUCUCGACACAACCUGGACACCAUUGUUCAAGCAAUCCAGCACAUCGAGGGCACCCAGGGAAAGGGAUGUGUCGGCGAGGAAGAGCAGCGGAGGGCGGUCAUCGUCACUUCAGGGCGUGUCCCCUCCGACGCUGCGGGCUCAGACACGGCCUCAAACAGCGACGGGCCCGACGACUGUUCACUGCCCUGAGUUCAUCCUCGAAGUCUUGCACGCCGUACACUUACAUGCGCGCACACACUUACACACAAAAGGCCCAAUCAGACCAGGGCUACAGGAGGCUUCAAACCCACAGCACUCUUGUUUAGUGGACAUUAAUAGGGCUGAUAGACAGAUUGAAGCACUCGUUUUUUUGUUUCUUUUCAGUACACUCUUCUUCUGUUGUACUUUGAUAGGCAGCCCAAAUAGGUUUACACUUAGACACUCAUACAAGCAAUCUCUCUUGCGUCUUUUUCUCUGCUUAUCUUUAGCCCCCUGCUCUCCACACACACAAACUCUUGUCUGUUCAUUAGUUUAUAGAGAGGUUGUUAGAGUGGCUACUUCACCGACUGAUCCAUAAAUGCUCCGUCAGAAUAUCUGCUAAACAUCACCAUUAUCACCAGGACUGUUCUCUUUUAUUCGGCCCUGAAGCAAUGGGACUGAUCCACGAAACAGGAGUCAAAGAAGCCAGCAGUGUGGCGUCAUCACCACCCAACAGCAGUGCAUUUUUGUUUUAAGAUGAACAUCCUCCUCCUCUGAAGCUGUUUGGAGAGACACUGUAAGCUAACUAGGCUGUCUCAAAGUUCCACCUUUUUAGGCUUUUGGAUGAAUGAAUAUGUUGUUUUAAUCUUGUGAAGUCUACUUUUUCAUGUUUUGUUUCUCUAAGGCUCCCUCAGCCAGCAAGUUAAGUGAUUGUACUGGAAACAAUACACCACACAAAAGAGCACCACGAGAGGAAUUUAAAAGCAGUUUUCAUGGCUGACUGGUGCUCACAGGAAAUGAAGCAAAGCUCAGGAGGAGAGAGUGUGCUUACUGGUUCUCAGCUCUAUUCUUUUUGUUUUGUUUGUUGCCAUUUUUACUGGGCUGGGUUCCCAGUAAGUUCACAUAUGUAUUGGCAUGUUCUUCUUUUUACUCAUGGCCUGACAAAAUAAUAUCAGUGCUUUGACAUUUCUUGACAUGCUCCCCUCUUGAAUUUAAAAGCACCUGGCUUGUUAAAUAAGAUAAUCUGAGGGCACUCUUGAGUGAUUUCCACUUCUGUGUGUGUGUGUGUGUGUGUGUGUGUGUGUGUGUGUGUGUGUGUGUGUGUGUGUGUGUGUGUGUGUGUGUGUGUGUGUGUGUGUCCCAUUUAGCAUUUUGAAUCAGCAGGGCUCAACGGAGUCCCAGACUCUGGCAGUCUGCAACAACACCACUUUUACCUUGAAAUAAAGGCACGUGUGUAUGUGAACACAACACUCACACAUACAAAUAUGGCUGACAUACAAUCACUUGUUAGCUCAAAUUUAGGGCUUGUUUAUUUAGCCCUUAACAUUGUUGUUUCUUGUCCAAAUGUUGAGACAUCUAUCAAAGCAGAUAAUACUUUAAAUAUGAGGAACAUGCCCGGUAAAAUUGUUUGAAUGUGCCAUAGAGGUGACUGGGUUGACCACACAUGCUCUAUGCAUUUACUUGCAUAGAUUAUUUGUCCUCUUGCGUGCUCUUUGUCUAGCGUACCAUGCGAUUUACACGUCUCUGCUCUGAUCAUAUGUUUUGCCUGGAACUGUUGGUUGACAGACAUUAAGACAUGUAGCAGAGAGAGGCAGCAGCUUGCCUUACUAAUAGCCCGUGGGUGCAGGGAGGCACUGUGAAGCCAACCUUAACAGAGCCCCCGGGGUCUGAGAAACGUACCUUAACACUUAAUCUGCGCCGUUUGGUGGCCACUGGAAUCCCUCCGGUUUUCCCCUCAGCUUUCCAAACUGGCUUGUCAACACCCAGGGUGUGUUAGAAUAUAUACUCGCAGUUAUUAUGUCUAUUUCACAUAUGCUUUGUUUGAUUAUGUUUGCCACAAACAUGGAACAGGUUGCUGGUAUACCAAUUACAUUCAAGCACUCCUGAUAUUUGUUAUUCCUAAGUAUUGAAAAUGUAUUUGCAACCAUUGGCCCCUUCGUGUGCAUGAAAGCCAGAUGUGUGGGGUAAAAAUUUCCACAUUGAAAUGUUGACAUUCCAUAAAAUGUUACAGAUUUUCCUAUCUGGUUACUUUUCAAAAGUGAAACCUGGUCUAUUUAGAGACUACAGUUACAUUUAGUGCUUUUGACACAUCACUGCUAUUUUAGAAUUGCGUUAAAUGACAAACUCAUUAGAAUCCCCUGGAUUAAUGCAUAGAUGGAGCUUUGAACUGCUGGACAGAUAAUGCGUUCAAUUGAACGCACCACAUCUAUCAUGAUUAUGUCAUGGAAUUGCCCUUUAAAGAAAUAUUGAUGUCAGCUGCACUGAAAAUGAGUGACGCAUCUGUCAAAUUAAAUCAUGGGACCUUUUCCUAGUACUUAUCACUUUAGGCAGGGGAUUCCUGGAUAUGGAAAACGUGUUUUGAAAGCUCUGCUUUUUACUCUUGAGUAUCUGCAUUUGAUAGUUUUCUGCUGAAACCCAGAGCUGUUCUAUUUCCAUCUGUGUUUUACACUCUGUUCUGUGUGUUACGAAACGUUACAUUGACAUAUCAGCUUGUCAGAUGAGUGGGUUGAGCCUGGGGAUCAUUACAUGGGGUCAAAAUUACAAAGCACUUACUGUACUAUACUGGAGUCUGCCUCUUUCUUUUGUAUAAAGGGGCAUCUCCUCAGCUGAAGCUCUUUAGGAUAUGAUUAAAAGCCGCACAGCUGUGUAUCCCCCUUUUCCUCCAUGUCCAGACCUCCUACAUCUUGUCCUGUUUGCCCCUCUCAUCUUUUUUGUUGUUUUUUGCAAAAUCCUUUAUGCCAUCUUUGUUUAUCUAUUGUCAUUAUUUCGUGUCCCUUUACAUUUCGCAGCUCCCUCCUCUCCCUCUCCUUUUGUCUGUUCUCUGAAAUCUUUUUUUUGUUAACCUUUCGGUGCAUAUGGUCGUCAAGAAGCUAUUUUUUGUCUUUGUUUUGUUUUUAAGAGAAAUGUUUUGGGGAUAAAGAGGCUUGUGCCUUUGUAAAGACAGAAUAAUAAAGUUUGUACUUUGUUUUUUACGCA